AUGCCGAAGUACUACUGUGAAUAUUGCGACAUCUACCUAACACACAGCUCCCCAGUGGGGCGCAGACAGCACAGCCAAGGGAGAAAACACAUAAAUGCAAAAAUUGAGUAUUUCGAAAAUUUACUAAGGGAAGAAGGUAUAACCCCACAGAACUUUUUAGGGUUUCUAGGAGACAGGGCUUACAAUAAUAUGCUAGGAAAUUCAAUGAUGAAUAAUAUGAUGCCAGGAAAUUUCCCGAUGCACAUGAAAUAUGGCAAUAUGAAGCACCAGUCACAUUAUUCGCGUCAUUCACAUCGCCAUCAUAUGUCCCAUGGUAGGUACCCCAGGGACAGGCAUAGUCAUCAUGGUUACUCUAGUAAAUUUCACUCACACCCUGUGCACCUAAGUAGCAGUAGCAUCCGUAGCAUGCUAGGGGUUCAACAAAAUAAACAUUCUGGUAACAUUUCUCCUUCAUCAAACUCUAUGCAUGGUAAUGGGAAGAUGUUUAAUAAUGUCAUUCGAGACUUGGUAAGUCAUGUGAAUGUUGACAAUGACCCAAGUAAGGACAGUCAAAAUGAGGAACGAAUUAGAUCUAAUGCUAUUGACAACCAGAGGAGCAGCAUAAACGAUCAGGGAGACAAUGCCGAUGCGCUCAAUGCCAAUUCUUGA